AUGGUCGUUAAAAUCCGUCUCGCCCGAUUUGGGCGCCGAAACUCUCCCUUCUACAACAUCGUCGUAGCUCAUGCUCGCACUGCGCGCAACUCUCGUCCUCUCGAAGUCAUUGGCACAUACGACCCUAUCCCAAAGCCCGAUCCCUAUGACAACUCUGGCAAACUGCACAAGGAUAUCAAGCUUGACUCUCAGCGUGCACGGUACUGGAUUGGUGUCGGCGCUCAGCCCACCGACACGGCAUGGCGACUACUGUCCAUGGUUGGCAUCUUGCCAAAGAGGAACUUUGCUCCAAAGGCAGACGAGUCCAAGGGCAGCGUAAAUGCGGGCGAUGUGAGGAUUCGAUAA